GCAAAGGACUUUGGGAUGGUUUGACCCGGAAGGAACUAUGAAAACCAGGGAGGGACAGAAGGCCGGCAAGGAAAGUCCGGAUAACAGUGUGGCAGGCGAGGCCAGCAGCGCUGAGGGCGGCCUUAAGAAGAUAGUGUCGUCCUUCGCGCGAGCACUAAACAAAAAUCAAGGCUAUCUGGAAGAUGCCAAGAAAAAGCUGACUUUCGAUGGAGCAAACAUCAUGAAGUUCCUAAUCGACUACGAGAACCUAGCUGCGUUACUAAAGUGGACCGAGGAGGAAAAGAUGGACCAUCUAGGACAACAUGUGUCGUUAAGCCUAGGACAGGACAUAAUGACCAUUGUAGCCGCAAGUCGGUCUUGGAAGGAGACCCGGGAUGUGAUGAUGAAGAAGUACCUAGCGGCAGAGAAUAUGGCAACGGAGGCCGACCUAGCGGCAGUUCAGAGGAAGAACUUCGCAACGUACAAUGAUUUCCUACGGGAAUUUACUCUGGUAGCACUAAGGAUCCCCGGGGUCACGGACCGGAUAAUGAGCAAAUAUUUCCUCAGGCAGUUCUCCGAGUUCGACAAAGACAAGAUCCUGUCAGCCUACCAACAGACGAGCAAGUUCGUAAAUACGCGGGAUGUGGAUUUUAGCACGGUAACGGAUCUCGCUGAGAAAACGGUAGUAACGGAGACAUUGGCCUUGCUCAAGGAAGGAGAGAUCAUAGAUCUGAUCGGUAGGACGGGUGACAAGGUAAAGAAGGGGAUUGAAAAAGCCGAGCCGGUGGGCGAGAUCAUCUGGGAUCAGCUCCGGGGGCGCGGGCCGCAGACCAACUUUAUUUUGGAAAGCGGCGGACGUGAUAGGGUGAAUGCAACCACUCGACUGGGAAUGAUCAGGAGAAGGAUUAACCGUGACACCAUUAUGGAGGAGGUCGCCGGAAGCUCCGAACCCCAGGCGGAGCCUGAGGCCAAGGAACCAGAGAAAGUCUAUGGGAAGCCUAGGGAAGAGGAGCCUGCGGACAAGGUUACCGCCGCUAAGAAGAAGUUUAGGUAUCAAAUCACGAUCUUAACUUUGUCUGAGCUCGACGACACCAUUAGCAAGUUACUAGGAACCAUGGUGUCGGUGUCUUUUCAGACCAUGCUGCAGGCUAGCCCCAGAGGCGACGGGGGCAAUUCCGACUGUUCAUUUUUUAGGAGAAAGAUCCCGGAAGGAAGUGUUCGAAAGUACAAACCGGUAGGGAAGAAAACAAAACCGGUCUCAAUCUUGCUAGAGACAUCAAAGGAAGAGGCUACGGAGAAGGAGGAAGAGGUCCUUCGAGUAAUCCGAGAAAGAAGGGCGACGGAGGGACAUCGGAUACCAUAUGAGGUAGUGGACACAAUGAAGAUAGGGAUAGACGUGUUCUUAACGGAAGAAGAAACCCGCCUGAUCAAAAGGACCUGUCAGGCGUUUCACCUGGCAUUUGCCUUUAGUGAUCACCAGAAGGGACGACUGGAUGCGAAGUUGAUCCCUCCGGUCAGAAUCCACACGGUAGAACAUGAGUGUUGGAAUGACAAGGGGCUAUGCUAUGAAUUUGGGAUAGCAGGAGAAGUAACAGACCUCCUCCAAGCAAAGAUGGACCCCUUUGUUGCGGAGCCUACGACAUCGUCAUACGCAAAUCGGUGGUUCGUCUUUCGGAAGCCUUACAAGACACUAAGGUGGAUUCAGGACCUGCAGAAGUUGAAUGUGGUAACCAUCCGGGAUGCUGACUCGCUACCUCAGGCUGACUUAUUAGCAGAAUUGCACGCCGGUCAGAGCAUUUACUCCCUGAUAGAUCUGUAUUCAGGGUACGACCAGCUUCCAUUGGAUGUUCGGGACAUACCAUACACCGCUAUGCACACCCCCGUAAGCCAGCUACAGAUGCAAGUGACACCUAUGGGAUUCACAAACGUGGUGGCCGAAGCGCAACGCAGGAUGCUCGCCGUGGCCGGGGAUAUGUUCCCAGAAAAAUGUGAACCUUACAUCGAUGACAAUCCGAUCAAAGGCACGCAGGAAAAGGACGAGACGGAAGUCCAGUCAGGGAUCCGACGUUUUGUGUGGGAUCACCUGCAGGACAUCAAGGAUUUACUCCACCGGUUCCUAGUAUACAAUAUUACGGCUAGUGGACCAAAGAGUAUCCUAGCAGUACCAGAGGUAACUAUACUAGGAUUUCGUUGCGGUGCUUACGGCAGGAAGCCGGAUCCGGCAAAGACYGACAAGAUAUCACAGUGGCCGACACCACUGCGCACGACGACGGAGGKAAGGGCAUUUCUAGGCGUAGUCGGCUUUUGGAGGAUCUUCAUUAAGAACUUUGCCAAGAUUGCGGAGCCUAUCCGGGCUAUGAUCAGGGAAGAAGAAACCAUGGAUUGGACGGAGGAGCGAGAAGGAGUUGUCGAAAGGCUCAAGAACAUAUUGACAUCUGAGACAGUCGCCCUGUCCGCGCCUUGUUUUAAUGACGGAGUGGGAUGACCCUUCAUCCUAGAGACGGAUGGAGGACCUUUGGCCGUAAAAGGUGUGUUGAUUCAAAGAGAUGAGGGAGGAAAAGAUAGUCCAAUUAGGUUCGA